AUGUCUUUUGUCUUCUUGCGCGUUUUUUUUUUAAAAUUUUCAUUCAUUUGUUUUUCUCUCUUUUUCUUUUCUUUUAUUUAUUCGCCUACAUACUUCCUUGUUGCCAGUUCUUCCCCUCUUCUGUUUGUCACAGUUUCUUUUUCUUUAUUCGAACCGUCGCUUAUUCAGUUUUCUUUCUUUCUUUCAUUCUUUCUUAUGUUGAUUCAUGCGUGCGCGCGUUCGCUCGUUCGUUCCUACUUUCUUUCAUUCGCUCAUUCUUUCUUCUGUUCAUUAAUACUUUAUUUCCUUCCUUCUUUCGUUCGAUCUUUCUUUCUUCUUCCACUUUUUCGUACGCUCGUUCGUUCUUUCAUUCUUUUAUUCGUUCACCCGUUCUUUCUUUUUUCAUUCGUUCAUUACUUCUUUUAUUCGUUCUUUCUUUCGUUCGUGCAUUCUUCCUUUUUCUUUUCUUUCUUCCGUUCAUUCGCGCGUUCCUUCAUUCGUUCGUUCUUACUUUCAUUUGUUCGUUUAUUCUUCCUAUCUUUCUUUUGUUCAUUCGUAUUUUAUUUCCUUUCUUCCUUCAUUCGUUCUUUCAUUUUUCAUUCAUUCGCCCGUUCUUUCGUUUUUCGUUCGUUCUGUCAUUUUUUCAUUCGUUUGCCUGUUCUUUCUUUUUCUCAUUCGUUCCUUCGUCCUUUCUUUCUUUCUUUCUUACGUUCAUUCACGCUCGUUCGCUCGCUUGUCUUUUCUUUCAUUCGUUCGUUCUUUCUUUCUUUUGUCCUUUACUUCUUUUUUCGUUCUUUCUUUCUUCUUUCAUUCUUUUGUACCUUCAUUCUUUCUUUCAUUCUUUCUUGUGUUCGUUUGCUCUUUAAUUCUUUCAUUCGUUCGUCCAUUCUUUCUUUUUUCAUUCGUUCGUUCUUUCUUCCUUUCUUCCUUUCUUUCCUUCGUUCUUUCGUCCGUACUUUCUUUCUUUCUUUCUUUCUUUUUUUCUUUCUUUCUUUCUUUCGUCCGUCCGUCCGUUCGUUCGUUCUAACUUUCUUUCUUUAUUUCUUUCUUUCUUUCUUUUUUUCUUUCUUUCUUUCUUUCGUCCCUCCGUCCGUUCGUUCGUUCUAA